UUGUAGUCGAAAGCACCGACAAAAACAACAGACGAAGACGAAGACAACAUUUUCCUUCGAAAUCUCAAUUUGUCAGUAAAAUGAAUCCUCUCACAAAUAUUAAGAAUCUAAACAAGUUGAAUCAAAGAGAACUUGCCUUGGGUCUGACAGCGAAGAAGUCAUGGCAUGAUCAGUACAAGGACAGUGCGUGGAUCUUCGUAGGGGGUCUACCAUAUGAUCUUACAGAGGGAGAUGUACUCUGUGUCUUUUCACAAUAUGGGGAGAUUGUGAACAUUAAUCUUGUGAAAGACAAGAAGACUGGCAAAUCUAAGGGUUUCUGUUUCCUGUGUUUCGAAGAUCAGCGCAGCACCAUCCUCACAGUUGACAAUCUCAAUGGAAUCAAGUUGCUGGGUCGCACUCUACGUGUAGAUCAUGUGGAAGAGUAUCGUAAACCUAAGGAGACUGGAGAUGAGGAUGACAACACCGUUAAACUGCGGACAGAGGGCUGCGCCCCCAGGCUACCCUCGUCACCGGAGCCUGAGGAGGAACCCCUACAGAUCAUUGUCAAGAAAGAGAAGAAAACCAAGAAAGAUAAGAAAUCAAAGAAAAAGAAGAAAAAGAAAGUGAAGCAGUCAAGCUCAGAGUCUGGCUCAAGCUCAGAGGAUGAACACUCAAAACAAAUUGUGAAAGUAAAAAAAGAAAAACGUGACCCAGGAUAUGACCGAGCCUUGCAGGGAAAUCUUGGUAGAGGACCUGACUCCUAUAUGCAUAGUCAUAGUGAUUCAUACAGGAGAAGUGAUGGUAAUGAAAGAUCAGACUUUAGGAAGGACAGGUUUAAGAAUGGAGCAGACGGCAGUUAUAAUAGGGAGGAUGAUUACAGGAAAAGGGAAAAGAAGGAUUAUGUGGAAAGUGGAAAAGAGAGACAAGGAUAUGAGGAAGAUACCAGGAGGGAAUAUGAUGUGGGAAGAAACGGUAAAACAGGAUAUCGAUACGGAAAAAGAGAUAGCAGCAGAGACUUAUACAGGGAUCAGGAAUCACAUAGAGAUCGAGAUAUGGACAAUAGGAAGGAGAGAUACAGGGGUAAUUGUGGUGAUGGGAAAGAUAGGAGUGACAGGGUUAGAAAUGGCCAAGGGUCACGAGAGAGGGCCAGGGGUCAUGGAAGGUCAAGGUCACAUGAUAGAGACAUAUAUGAAAGAAGGUCAAGGUCAAGAAGCAGGGAAAGACUUCGUCACUGAUUAGUGUAUCAGAUUUUUCAUAUGUUAGGAAAAAUGUAUGUAUUGCAGGCUAAACUUAAUUAAUUCAUUCAUAGAAAUUGAUCAUGGACAAAAAAUACAAAUCAUUGAUAGAAAUAUUUGUUUCCUUUACUGUUUCCUUACUGUUUUCUUUUGAUUUAUCCUUACUGAUGAUUUAUAGUUUAAUGGAGUUGAACAAAUAUUGAGGAUCUCUUGCUCUUAAAAUUGAUGAUGACUCCCAAGCAAAGCCAAUCCAGUACUUCUGCAUUAAAAUAUUAUAUUUGAUAUUUGGUAUUUAUGUGUUGCCUACGAAACAUGGCUAAAAUAUAUGGAUCACUUUGUGGGUUCCCAUACUUGAAUCCACAAUGGUCAUGGUCUGUAGAUGACACAUUUGUUUUAGCGGAUAAAGAUUUAAUAUUUCUGUUCCAAAUAAUUUCUUUAAUGAAAAUUGUUAUAUAAUAUUAAAUAAGAUGAGAAAUUAUCCAUAAAUCAACUGAGUACCACUCAUUGUUUAUGAGUAAUCACUUACGUACAUGUUGAUGCGUACAUGUUGAUGCGUUGUUUUAGCAUCCUUUUUAUGCCCAAAAGAUCAGCAUUUUUAAAUGUCACCAUCUGUCUGUCCUUCAGGUUUUCCAUGUCUGGGGGGUAACCUUGUCAUGCACAGGGGGAUUUGAAAAAAAUAAAUUGGCCCAUGUGCUUUGCACAUAAUGGUGAUAUGUCUCUUGCAAGACCCAAGUCCCUACAUCAAAGGUUAAGCUCGCAUUUAUCAGUUUAUUAGAAUGCUGCAUAUAAGCAGAUUAUCCUGGGAGUAAAUUUGUCAUGCAUGGGGGGACUUUCAAACAAAUUGGUACAGUACAUGUGUUCAGUACAAGACAAAACAACGUAUUUCGUACAAGACCAACGUCCCUUCCACAAAGUUCAAGGUCCUGCUUACUGGUUUAUCAUUUUGGAAUGAUGCAUAUAUACACUGGACUGUAACUACCAUGCACUGAGGAAAUAUAAAUAAGUUUUCACAUGUGUUCCAUACAUUUAGCGAAUGUUUCAACAACCGGGUCAAUGUGUCACAGGCAAGACACAGGUUCCCAGUCUUCAAAUGUCAAGGUUCCUCUAUCAUUAUCAUUAAUUUUUGGAAUGCUACAUAGUAAACUAUCCGUGUCUAGCUCUUGCAUUUAUUCUUGAAAAGUUUGAGCAUUGAUUUUUAUCAACCACGAUGAUCAUUGUAUGAAUGUUCUUCAUAAGUUGUAUCAAAGGAUCAUUUUGAAAUCAAUUGUAUUGUAAUUUUAUGUGAUAAAAUGAGCUGAGAUUGAA